UGUUAUGUUGAGUCUUUGCUGUUGUUUUGUGUCUCUUGAUUGUUGUUUUGCAUCCUUGUAGUUGUCAUUUUGAGUCUGUUGAUUGUUAUGUUGAGUCUUUGUUGUUGUUUUGUGUCUCUUGAUUGUUGUUUUGCAUCCUUGUAGUUGUCGUUUUGAGUCUGUUGAUUGUUAAGUUGAGUCUUUGCUGUUGUUUUGUGUCUCUUGAUUGUUGUUUUACACCCGUGUAGUUGUCGUUUUGAGUCUGUUGAUUGUUAUGUUGAGUCUUUGCUGUUGUUUUGUGUCUCUUGAUUGUUGUUUUGCAUCCUUGUAGUUGUCGUUUUGAGUAUUUCUUCGUAAAAAGUAUUAUAUUUUCCUCUGUAACAUAGUGAAGUACAGAAUUUUCAAUAUAUUCAAACAAAACUCUGUGUGACUCAAAUAAAUAUACUCACAUGACCUCACUACUGAUUUCAGUGUCUGUUGGUAACAAUAAUGUAACUCACAGUUUUAAGUAAGGUCGGAUGUAACCUCGCUUCCACAGUGUGACUCUUCCUCUGCUUCUGUUUCUCUUCCUCUCUGCAUCGUGUUUGACAAACCUUCAUUCUGCAGAGGUUGUGAAAUUCACCAGCAGCGUGUGAUAAAACACCACACGCUCCGCUGUUUGCACUGUUUUAGGCUGAUUCCAAUGACAAUGAAACAUUUAGAGCUAUUUGAUUAGUUGAUUGAAGUUUAAAAGUGAGGCUUUUAUGCCAAUGAAUCAUUAAUCAUCUCAGUGAUACAUAGACUUAAGUAGUGGAUGAAGAACUGCAGUAUUUAAGGAUAUACAAAAUACUGUAGACUACACGUCCUGCAGUCAUUAUUUACUUAAGAGACUGCGGUGGAGUAAAAAAGUACAAUAUUACCCACAAGUCCUCUCGUGCUUCAGAAAGAGCCAGUUGUGCAACCCAGUGUAUGAGUGUUAACUCAGUACACAACAGAAAGACAUAGAAAACGUAGCAACCAAAGAACACAAACAUGUAAAUGUACUUCCCCAUGUCAUGUAAAUCUGGAACCUGCAAAAUAAAAAAAGAGGGAAGUCCCGGUCAGCGUCACGUUUGAGCCGCAGGGUCGAUGCUCAAGAUGACGCAAACACAGCAGAUAAAAGCACGGCUGAGGUAAAUCUGUGCAGAGGCGAUCUGGUUGUAACGCAGCAGAGACCAGAUCAUACGUUUAUCUGAGGUUUAACGUGGAAGCUGUGUGAGGAUGUUGUGUCUUCAGCUCGUUGCCAUCUGUGUUUUCCUGCAGAUACCAGGAUGUUUCCCAUCAUGCCUCAUCGUUGGCUCUGUAGCAAACUGCGCCUUCCAGAACCUCGUUUCGGUUCCUGCUCUCCCUCCUCACAUCACCCACCUGUUCCUGGAGAUGAACCGCAUCGGUGAGAUUAACUCCACCUCCCUGUCCGGCCUCGAGCGGCUGCAGGAGCUGGACCUGGGAAAACAGGGCGUGCAGCUUGUGAUCAGAAACGACGCCUUCAGCAGACAGAGUCGCCUGAAGAAGCUGCGGAUCGACUCCAACGCCGACCUUCGACUGGAGCCCGGGGCCUUCGUGGGACUGUCCAGUUUGCAGAAGCUCCACCUGGGUUACUGCUCGCUCAAUGAGUCCAUACUGAAGGGAAAGGUUCUGCAGCCGCUGUCCUCUUUGGAGACUCUCGACCUCUUUGGAAACCGCAUACAGAGACUCCAGCCGGCCGCGUUCUUCGCCAACAUGAGUCACUUGAAAGAGGUGAAUCUCAAACUGAACACAAUCGAUAGAAUGUGUGAAUCAGAUCUGGGGGGUUUCCAGGGGAAGCACUUCAAGGUCCUCAACUUGGACUCUGUUCGCCUUAAAGCGAUGUUGACUGGCGGAUUUGACUGGCAGGGAUGUGGCAACCCUUUCAGGGGAAUGUCCUUCCAGACACUCGACCUGUCCCACAACGGGUUCAGCGUGAACAUGUCGAAACAGUUCUUCAGAGCCAUAGAGGGGACGAAGAUCUCCCACCUCAAGCUGUCGGGACACAUGGGUAAAGGCUUUUCAUUCAAUAACCUCCCCGAUCCGGACCGCAGCACGUUCGCCGGCCUGAGGAACAGCUCGGUCCUCACUGUGGAUCUGUCUAAAAACUGGAUAUUUGCUCUGCAGCGGGGGGUUUUCAGUCCACUGAGGGACGUGGUAAAUAUUGACCUUUCCCAAAACAGAGUGAAUCGGAUCGACAGAAAUGCCUUCGAAGGUCUUCAGGGUCAUUUAGCUUCACUCAACUUGUCGCACAACCUGCUCGGGGAACUCUACUCUUACACUUUUGCUUCUCUGACGAACCUGCGAGUGUUGGACUUGUCUUACAAUCACAUCGGUGCGCUGGGUUACACUGCGUUCCGUGGACUUCCCAAGCUGGUAGUGUUGGAUCUGACAGGGAACGCCCUGCGGGACUUGGGUUUCCCUGCAGCUUUACCACGUUUAGUUCGUCUCCUGUUGAGUGACAAUCUGUUGACCCACUCAUCAAUGAGGAGUGUCGCAAGUUUUGCCAGUAAUGUCGUGCAUUUGGACAUUAAGAACAAUAGAAUCACAGACUUAGCGAAUGUUUACACCUUCUUGACUCGGCUGAAACGCCUGCAACAUCUCUCCUAUGGAGGAAACUCAAUCAGGUGGUGUGUGCCCAGUGCCCAGGUUGGUCCCAAUGAACUCCAGUUCCUGGAUCUUCACAGGAGCUCCCUGCAGUCAGUCUGGGCUCAGGGCAAUUGUCUGAAUCUCUUUGACAAACUCGGAAAAGUGUUGGUUCUCUACUUGAACUCUAAUGCUCUGCAGGCCCUUCCUCAAGGCAUCUUCAAGGGUCUCACCUCAGUGGUCCAGAUGGACCUGUCGUCCAACUCCUUGACGUAUCUCCACCCGGACGUGUUACCCAGAAGUCUGGCAGUGCUCGACCUUUCCAACAACUUCAUAGCCUCCCCCGACCCCGACGCUUUCCGCUCCCUCAGCUUCCUCGACCUGAAAACGAACCGAUUCCACUGCGACGCCGACCUGAGGGGUUUUCUGACGUGGCUGAACCAGACCAACGUGACCUUCGUGAGUCCUGUUCGGGAGCUCAGGUGUGAGUUUCCCUCUCGGCUCUAUAAAGUUCCUCUGUUGAAUUACACUGCUCAAGUCACACAGCAGGAAAAGCGGUGGGAGGUCAGGAAAUGGAAUGUCAGCAAAGAAGUCGUCCAGUAGUAUAAAUGCAUGGUAAUUAAUGUUGGUAUAAGUAGUGCAGUCAUGUAGUUUCCACUGUUAGAUCCAACGUCAAAGUGUCAGGAAUGUGUGGAAAUUGUAAUAUGAGUAAAACCUUUCAAGAAAAUGGAAUAAAAACAUUUCUUUAUUUAAA